AUGGAGGUCCUGCCCUGCUCCAGGGUGGCCCACAUCGAGCGCAAGAAGAAGCCCUACAACAACAACAUUGGCUUCUACACCAAGCGCAACGCUCUGCGGGUGGCCGAGGUGUGGAUGGACGACUACAAAUCGCACGUCUACAUUGCGUGGAACCUGCCGCUGGAGAAUCCAGGUAUUGACAUUGGGGAUGUUUCCGAGAGAAAAGCGUUAAGGAAGAGCCUGAAGUGUAAAAAUUUCCAGUGGUACCUGGACCACGUUUAUCCGGAAAUGAGAAGAUACAACAACACCGUCGCUUAUGGCGAGCUUCGAAACAACAAGGCGAAAGACGUCUGCCUUGACCAGGGCCCCCAGGAGAACCACACAGCAAUAUUGUACCCGUGCCACGGCUGGGGACCGCAGAUCAUCCGGGACACAGCAGAGGGUUUCCUGCACCUCGGCGCCCUCGGGACCACGACUCUCCUGCCCGAUACCCGCUGCCUGGUGGAUAACGUGAAAAGCCGCUUCCCUCAGCUUCUCGAUUGCGAAAAGGUCAAGAGCAGCCUCCAUAAACGCUGGAAUUUCAUCCAGAAUGGUGCCAUCCUCAACAAGGGAACGGGACGAUGCUUGGAAGUGGAGAACAGGGGAAUGGCCGGCAUUGAUCUGAUUCUUCGCAGCUGCACAGGACAAAGGUGGACGAUUAAAAAUUUCAUCAAGUAAAGGGUGGAAGAGUCAGAGGAGUUUAACUCAAAACACAGCUGACUUGGACUGAUCCGACUGGACUCCUUUGGAAAGGACGAAAUAUCAAAACAGAGCUUUAUUCAUGUUAUUAGGAGAGGACAUGGGGGAAAUGGGCAUUUGUGUCUUUUUUAUUUUUAUUGUAUAUUAGUCUCCCACAGCUGAUUCCAACUGUGUGAAAUUGGGUCAGGACUGCUAUUUUCUUCUGGCAAGCACUCUAAAAGGUACCACUUAUUUCUGCUGAAAUGACUGUAAUAAGCUCAUGCAGUCUUGUGAGCAUUUUACUGACAGGGAAUUGUUGCUUUCCCAGCCGACUCCAAAGCCCUCCCAAAGGGCCAGGUAGGUUUGCACCACGAUCGGAGU